AUGUCCAACGAGGGCACGAGCAGAAUUGUGGCAAGUGGUGCUGCUAAUGCUGCGAAUGCCGUUCCCGCUCAUGCUGUCAUUCCUAUUCUCCUAUCACCGCAGCCCCCGCCACGCACGACCAUAGCCGCCACCACCAGCACUACCAACAACACCCACACCAACGGCGGCAGCAACAAGAGUGCUACCCCGACCAGCAACAGCACCACGACAACGAGCACAACGACGACAGGAGCACAGAUCUUGGAAACAACAAACAACAAUAAAAGGGACAGCGUCAGCAACGUGUAUAACCGUGACAGUGACAGCAACGGGGCAGGAGUCAGCAGGGAACUCGGAGACAUCGUGCGUCCGAUCGAGACAAAGUUUGCGCUUUCCAUCUACCUCCGUGCCCACGUCCACCAGAAGGUCAUCCAGUGCUUCGUGGAGCUUGGGCAGAUAGACCAAAUCGUUGCCUACGUCAAGAGAGUCGGCUAUCAGGCAGACUACUCCCAGCUUUUGCAGAACAUGGUUGCGACCAAUCCAGAGGGUGCGACCAACUUUGCGAAGAGUCUUUUGGAGGGGCAGAAUGGCGUACCUCUCAUUGACAUCAACCAGGUCGUUAAGGUCUUCAUGGACCAGAACCGCCUGCAGGAGACUACAUCGAUCAUGUUGGAUGCCCUCAAGGCGAACAAGCCGGAGCAGGGCAGCCUUCAGACCCAGCUCUUGGCCAUGAACUUGCAGCAGGCACCUAAGGUGGCAGAGGCCAUCCUGCAGAUGAACAUGUUCACCCACUACGACCGGGCCUACAUCGGCCAGCUUUGUGAAAAGGCAGGACUCAUGCAGUGGGCCAUGGAGCAUUACACAGACUCGGCGGACCUCAAGCGUGUGAUGAUGCAUGCGCACCAGAUGACGCCAGAAUUCCUGAUUCAGUACUUCUCCAGGCUAUCCCCUGAAACUGCGCUGGAGUGCCUCACGGACCUCAUGCGCCACAACCGCCAGAACCUCCAGGUGGCUGUGAAGGUUGCCAUCCAGUACCACGAGCAGAUUGGUGCAGUGAAGAUUGUGGAAAUGUUCGAAUCUUUCGGCUCCAAUGAAGGCGCUGCUUGCUUGUGUUGA